GAAGCUGCGUCCCGUGAGCAUCCACCGGAAGGUGGGGGCAGGCCGCCGCCGCCCACCGCCGAUCCUUGGCUCGGACGCCGCUUUUGCCGAAGAUCAGUUGGGGAUGGAGGCCCUGGAGAUCCCUCGGGAACUUGUGGGAGGAGCCUCUGUCAAAGCUAGACGUCGGUAGUGCGGCAGCGCUCCCUCUCCCCACCUCCCCCGACCCCCAACAACACCGCACCCUCUCUGAGCAGCUAGCCUCGCUGCCUCCCCUCGCCGACCUCGCCUUGGCGACUUUCCCUUGCCUCAGCUGUCUUUCCAAUCCCCCGAUUCUAACGCCUCGCCUUGGCCAUCUUCACCUCGCUGUCAGCCUCCCCGACUUCGCCGAUGGCUGCAACCCCAUCCUGACUAUGGAUGGCGGCGUAUGCAUGGUCUGGAAGAUGCGCGUCCUAUCGGGCCUUCCUAUCGCUUCCAGUGGGGAGCUGCUCGAGAUCAUCGAUGGCCUCUUGUGGGCUUUGCCACCGCCAGCCUCUUUGUGUCCUAGCCUGCGCGGUAAGCCUCCUGCCUCCAUGGGGUCAGCCCUGGUACAAGCGGUUCUGGAGGAGACAGUCGGCGCCAACGAUCUUCAGUUGCGCUUUUGCGACAGCCUGAACACGAGUAGACACACCCAGGCAACUGCACGAGGAGGGCGGACGCGUUGAACGCUGGCACUCUGUGGGUACGUGAGGUCCAUGCCGGCGGAUGGCGCUGGCACCAGAUAUACCGACAGGAUCUGGUUUGUGAACAGGGCGUUACCUGCUGGCACUUAGGUUGUGUGCACUUGCUGAUUGACAAGCACACGGGGUACAACAGCUGAAGCCGUGAGUUGUAUGGUACAUCUUGCUCUCAUUGUCCGGUUGGUUGGUUGGGGUGCAUCAAUAUGAGCUAUAUUCUAGGCAAUCUUAUAAGUGCGAAAUUAUGAUGUGGUUUGCAAGUAUCUGGGAGUCAGAAACUCAGAUAAUGAUGCAGUCUAUGAACUUGAUUUUGUCGUGAUAGAUUGCCAGUUGUUUAGUGCAGUUUAAAAUGCAGCAAUUCAGGAAUCACCUGAAUCAAUUCAGACCACUGCUGAAGAUGUCCUUGAACUGCCACUCCUUCCACCUGAAGAUGUUGCCACUCCUUCCAAGCACAAACUUUCAGACCAGAGCACACACAACAAUCCACCAGAAGAUGUCGCCACUCCUCGAACUGCCACCACACGCGCCCAAUCGUCGGCCUUGAGCGAAGCCGCCGAAAAUCGAUCUACUCAGAAGUGACUCUCUGCUCUCAUGGCCAACAAGGGUGAAGAUCCUCAGGGACUGUGCAUCUGUCCUGAGGUUUCUUCACACACACUCCGAUGGAUGCAUUGUACAUAGAGACAUUAUGCUUACCAACAUCUUGCUGACAGAGGACAUGGAGCCUAAGCUGUCUGAUUUUGGGCUAGCAAAAACGCUGCAAAUGGAGGAGACCAAGGUCUUCACAGAUGUGGGGGGAACCAUUGGUUACAUGGAUCCUGAGUACAUUAACACACUCCAAGCUUACUUGCGCGCAAGUGAUAUCUACAGCUUUGGCGUGGUUGUGCUGCAGCUUCUGUCAGGAAGAAAGGUCAUCGAACUUGACAUUGUUCCACGCGAUUCUCUCACCAAGAAGGCCAAAGAUGCAUCGCCCCUCGGCCUCUCCCCGGAGGCAGAGCUCGCGCCGCCGGCUUGUCCCUAUCCUCGAACGCCCUGUAGAAAUCUAGGAUGAUGAAGAAGAAAUUGGGUGGACAUGGCCCGAACAAUCGAAGAAGAUAAAAGAAGAAAUUGCAUGGGCGCAGUAGAUCGAAGGGAGGAGAAGGGGAAAAAGGAGACCUCUGACUCCGGCGGGCUACUUGGUGAGCUCCUCCACCUGCCUCUUUGCAAUCCGCCGAGCAGCCGCCGCGCCAGGAAUGCGAGAAAGGAGGGCGCCCCACUGCCGUGCCCUGGCGAGGUCUUUAUUAUUCGGAUAAUUGAUCUCCUGGCUCCAGCUCUGCAAAGGUUCUGUUGUGGUUCAUCUCAUUUGGCACAUCGGCUGCUCUACUUUGGCGUGCGGAGGUUCUUGUUGGACAGGCUCUGCUCCCACAACAAGAAUGCUCUCGCAGAGCAUACCCUAGCAUCUCCUCUGGAACCUGGUUGGGUUGGUUUUUCUCCUGACGAAGUCGAGAUCCUUAAAGAUUUCUACCCAAAGAGGUCAUACUACGGAGCUCCCGACUACCGAUGCAACCACUGCGGGGCUAGCUUUUGGUGGCGUGAGAGGAAGAAACAGUUAUUGGUGAAGGUUAUUAUUACAAGGCUGGGCUAUGACAAUUGCUGGUGGUUCCUGUCAUGCCGGGAAUGUCAUAAAACAACCUAUGUUUUUGGAAGGCAUUUCCGUUGCUCGGACCCCACUUGCCCUUCCGUUAAUGCAGAUCCCUCAUACUGCGUGUGCACCUUUGGAAGUGAUGGUGGAGCUGAAGCAGAAUUCAUGUGGUUUGAUAAAGCUGCAAGGAGUGUUGUUGGCAAGCCAGUCCUGCCUCUAAUUGAACGCAAAUACCCAGGUUUUACAAGUGUGCAUGAUCUUGCCCAGAUAGGAGGUGGCGAUGUGGCAAUGCCUACUGAAAUUUCCCGCAUUGUUGCUCAGAAGUAUGUGCUUGUUGUUUCUAUCUCCACCAAGAGCUUCCAGCCUACAAGCACUCAGCUGUUCUUCCAAGUUAGCAGGAUCGAUCAAACCUUUAAGCCUGAACUUCCACCCUUGGGAUUUGGUGGUGCAUCAGGCGCAUCUGGAACGUCGUCUUCUGCUGAGAACUCUGGUGCAGCGUUGCCCAUUCUCGAGUCUUUCCCUACAGGAUCGGCUACACUUACUGCACUCCCUCUAGAUGAGAUGAACACUCCUAUCUCUGCGUUCAAAAGCAAAGGGCAGGCCACUAUGCCUAAAACGCCUAGCAAAUCACCGUGCCCAAAAAAUUCUCGGUGCAAGCUUUUCACUACACCUUUGAAGAUCACCGCCGCUGAAGUUAAAGGGGGCUGACCUACCUGCUUCUACUACCUUUGUUAUUGCCAAAGCUGAAAAGAGUGCUUCUACUGGAGAUACAGUUGAAGCUGUACCCAUGCCAAAUGUUCGUGCCUCUUUCACAUGUAACUACCUUCCCCUUAUGCACAAACCAUGCUUGAUCCACACCAAUGUUUUGUAGUAGGAAACUAAAGAAGUUGGUCAAGAGACUGAAACCGCAGCUGCUGAAGAUGCACCGAAUGUUAUUCCUGAGCUGACUAAAAACAAGAGGGUAAAUGCAGUGGCCAAGGGCGCCAGCGUUCCAAAGAAAGCAAAGCGGUAGUUCUUCAAUAGGCUAGGUUCGCCGUGUACAUAUGGGUAUCUUCUAUGUUCUGCUUUCUUAUCAAGCUAAGUUAGCCGCUAGAUGGAUAUGCUGGUCAAGAGAGCUUCUCAGCUCUACUGCAUCGUAGCAGCGGUCUCGCCGUCGGGUGUGAAGAUCGCCAGCCCGGCACACUUUUGGUUAUGCAUCUGAUGUAUUUUGUGCACCUUUUUAAGACACGGCUUUGGCAUCUGUGGAGCUAUGUCAAGCCCUUGUCAUGACAAUUCCUCUAUUUAGGCGCUCAAACAGACCAUCUGCUAUGCGUUGUAAAUAUCACGUUGGCCCUUUCUAUCUUAUCUCCCUUCCUAUGACAAUUUCUACUCAUUGUAAAUGCCGUUGGGCCAUGGUACUUAAUCUACUGCUUGUCAA